AUGAUCUUUCGCAAAGUAGCGCUUAAUAGUGCUUUGGCUCUCUUUGCCAUCUCAGUUCAUGCUCAAGAUGGAGAAAACUCGCCGCCGUCAACGUCAUCAUCGACCUCAUCACUGCUCGUGAGGACCACCUCCGGUUCGGUUGAAGGUUACCUCGACUCCGCCACUACCUCAGUGCCUUUGCACAAAUGGCUGGGAAUUCCGUUCGCCCAAACUACGGCUGGUCGAAAUCGAUGGAAGCCACCAGUCGCCCUCAAUCCCAAGCCAAGAUCUGUGUUCAAUGCUUCGGAAUAUGGUCCAGCAUGCUUGCAGGGAAGGGAGUACGGUGGAAACGGGACCGAGGUUCAAAGCGAAGACUGUCUACGGAUUAAUAUAAUCGCCCCAGUCAACGCCUCCGGUUUGGCUGUGUACCUCUAUUCGCACGGCGGAGGUUUCGACAGUGGUGCAUCUUCCGACCCCAAAAUUGACGGAUCGUAUUUAGCGGCUAGGGGUAUCAUUUUCGCCAGCUAUAAUUACCGACUGUCUCUGUUUGGCUAUCCUCACGCUUCGGAGAUUGCUAGAGAAGGCAAAACUCAGAAUCUCGGAUUGUUGGAUACCAGAGUCGCGGUGGAAUGGCUCUACGCGAACGUACGUCGCUUUGGAGGGGAUCCAAAUAAGAUCACACUAGGCGGCGAGUCUGUCGGUGGAGAAAUGACCAAUCUGUAUAUGACUGCCUAUCCGCGCAACUCGCUCAUCCGUGCGGCUAUUAUGCAAAGUGGGGACACUGCUCAGCCGAUGUGGCCAGAAAACCAAGAGCUUUCCAAAGUUUCCACUGCUCUGAAUUGCCCCUCCGGUCGUGGCCAGCUUGACUGUUUAAGGAGGAAGUCGGGAGACGAACUUCGAAGGGCUCUCUUAGACACGAAGGCACAGUUCCAGCCCGUCACGGACAAUGUCACUAUUUGGAAAGAUUUUGUGCACCAAACCAGAAGAGGUCGCACAGCUCGCAUCCCCCUUCUGGUCGGGACAAACAAGGACGAAGGUACUUUGAUUGUAGAAGGAGAGCCUACAGCAUAUUUAGACGAUAUUGUUGCCUACAGCAAAAGUAACAACCUCAAUUUCCCGUUCACCGACAUCGACGUUCUUCAAAAGCUCUAUCCAGUUCCUUCGGAAGAAUAUCCUUCGGCUUACAAUGCUUCGGCAGGCAUGUGGCGAGAUGCACAUAUGCUCUGUCUAGCCAGUAAUCUAGCCAAGCAUCGAACUGAAGACCUCAGACUUCCAGUCUGGCGCUAUAGGUGGGACCACGUUGCGCCAAACCUCAACUCUCGCGGGGUACGGAUUGGCGCCUUCCACGGUGGUAUCAUUCGGUUCGUCAUGGGUCAAUGGAGGACGAUCGUUCUAUCACCACCUUUUGUCGGAGCUACCCCAGAGCAGAUUGCCAUCUCAGAUUUGAUGGUCGCUGCUUGGACGAACUUUAUCAAAGAUCCGUAUAGGGGGCCACAGAUCCCGGGUUGGAAGAAAUACGACACAAGAGAUCCAACGACCCUGGCCAUCCUUGGUCUUUCCACGACCCGAGCGUUACCUGGGGAUCAUCAUCAAGUUGAUUCAGUCUGUGAUUAUUGGAACAAGGUUCUCCCCCAGUUCCCGCAAGUAUUUCCACCUUGUGGUAGCUGGACGUGUUAG